UCAAAACCACAGCUCAGCAGGCAGUGAGAUGCGUGUGUUUGAGGUAGAAGUUCACAGAACUUGAGUUCAGUUAAACGCGAGAGAGCUCGGAGGAGAUGAUGACAGCAAAGGUGCCGAUUUAGAUUAGCAAAGGAAGAAGAAGAAGAGGAGGAGGAGAUGUGUUUUUAGUGGAAAACAAUUACACCUGGCUCGGUCUUUCCCUUUGAAGUUCGGGACUGCAGGAUGGUUCUGAUCCAGUGGCUGAUGGGUCUUGCUCUGCUUACACAGAGCUGCAUGUCCAGCCUGGACCAAGCUGAGGUAGGCUGUAAGACAUGGAGACAGGAAGGAGACAAUGUCUGCUGUGAUGAAUGCCAUCCUGGGAAUCGUCUGGUCAGGCAGUGUGGCCCCCGACCAAAACAACUCUGCACGCCGUGUGAAACUGGGACGUACACACACAAUCCCAUGACCCGAAGGUGUGACAGGUGUACUCAGUGUGUCGGCGCCCAAGUCCAUCUGGAAGACUGCACCAACCAAAGCGACACUCAGUGUGGCUGUAAGGACGGACUCACCUGCGGAGACGGGAAAUGCUCCUUCUGUGUGGAGAAAUGCGCCAAAGGCUCUGAACCCACCGAUGACAGGUCUUGCAGACCGUGUCCACGUGGAACCUUCAACAACAUGAACCAUAGCACUUGUAAACCCUGGAGUACCAAGUGUCCUGGUCCCAAUCAGGAGAUUGUGGCUGAAGGGAAUGCCUUUUCUGACAUCCAGUGUCAGGUGAUGGUUCCUUCGGAAGGAGUUACUUCUGUAGACCGCCAUAAGCCACCUGUUCGUCCAGAUCCACCGGGGCAGGUGGCGUCAUAUGAGGUCAUCAUGGCGGUUAUGAUGGCAGCAUUCAUCGCCACCGCCGUCGUCAUCAUCAUCAUCAUUGUGGCUGUGAAAGUCAACCAUUCAAAAAAGAAGCCAGAAAAGAUGGCUGAAAAACAGCUGAAAACACCUGUAAUCAGAACACCAACAGACGAUCCAAGGACUUUAAUAGCGAUUGAGUGCAGUUUUCAUGAGGCUCAGCAGGAACAAGGCAGCAGCACAGAGUCUCUGAUCAAGGAUUCAUCCGAGGAGUUCGCUCCGUGAGCAGAAACGCAUCAAACUGUGUUGAAAACAAGACGAUCCUGAAGAAGACGGUACUCCCUCUUGUGAUAAAAGAUUUCUUCCUUGAGCCAGUUUACUUGGCUCCUGCUGAACAAGCCUCGUGGGUGAUGUCAUGCAUGGAGUAUAAAACAGCUCCAGGGGAUCCAGGAACAAUGCUUUAUUGUCACUCUGUAUACAGGGAAGUGGAAUUCUGUAGGAAAACACAAAGUGGGCUCUAGAAAGACCUUUUCACCAUGUGAGCAGUGGAAGGAACCAAAGACACCAUUCUUGACCUUCAACUAAAAAAAAAGUAACUUGUUUUUUUUAAGUGCUUUUGACACAGUUCCAGUGGAGUAGCCCGAGUGUGGUGUGAAUGAGUGUGUAAUGUUUCCGAUAUUUGCACAUCCUGUGUGUGUGUGUGUGCUGCUAAGUGUGUAAAUUCAGUACGUGUAGGCAGGAUCAGGCAUCUACACAUUUUAGUCACUUAUUUCUGAGCCCACGCGCCUCCCCCAAAGUGCAGACGUCAGCCUUCACCUCAACUACAAAGUUAUUUCUGCUGAGUGUGUAAAUGUGACGCGUGGUGGUGCAUCUGUCCAAAGCAGCACAACAAAUUUCAACGAAAUAAGCUUCAGAGAACUAUUUUUAACUUUAGCAUCUAUAAGUGGCUCCAUUUCCGAUAAUUAUUAAUGGAAAUACGAGUUUUGCAGGCUGGUUUAACUGAGGCCAGCCAGGACUUUCCCAUUAUUACCCAACUGGUAAUUAAAAACCCAGUCAAGGGGUUUCCCCUUGUACUUUUUUUGGUUACUUAUUUACAUGCAGCACCAGGAAGGCAGAAGACUAAUGGCUCAGCUUCAAAUGCAGCUUGACAAGCUGAUGGCCGUCUAUUGAGCAACAGCCUGGGACUGCUCACGUGCCUUGGAGAAUCCUAAGUGAGUCAUUUGUGAAAGGUAGGUGCUUUUGGGGGGGAUGAACACUUGCUAGCAAACAAACCAGUUCUAAACGGCGGCAUCGGGGUCAAGAGGAAACCCUCGUCGCUCUGAAACUUCCUUCAAGGUGGGCAGCCAGAUAAGACCAACAGGAAGUGUUUGUUCCAGCCGCAUUUCUUUUCUGCACUGAGGCGGGCGUUUCGUCACAGGGUGGAACAUUUAAGCCUCACGUGGGUGGGCCGCUGGAUGAAAUGUGAGCCCACACCUUUUGUGAUUUAUCAUUUAGCUGAUGAGUCACAACCCAGAUGAGCAACGACUCCUCAAAGUUCACAGGUGUCUCAAGGUCACCUCUUGACAUGCUGAAUGCAGCCAGGCGCGUUGCAAGCUUUUCAAAGGUGUGGGGGAUGUUGUCUGUGCCUAAAAUAAGUUCAUGUUAUUCAUCUUGUUAGUUUAAUUUCCAUAAUAGCGGAGCAGGUGCGGAUUUUAGACGCGUCACGCACGUCUCCGUUUUAAACAUGUUUAAACUGUUCAGAAUACAAAUCCAGGCUCUGUCUCGUUAGAUUGGUGUAACUAAAGUUUGUACUGAAUGAAACUUUACAUUAAACCAUGUUGAAAAGAAAA